AUGCCGCAUGGCCAAUCCAGCCGCGUUCUGGAUGGCAAAGUGUGGGAUGCUUUGUCAAUGGAAUCAAAGAUGAAGGGCCAAGAGCAGUGUCUCUUGUGGAGGCAUGCGAUGUUGAAAGCCCUGCUAUGUCACCAUGACAAACUCAUCGCAGCCGGUAACAUCAGGAAGUCGUUGACUGCCAAGGAAAUGCUGGCCAAGGUGCAGACCUUUGAACGCAUCCUGUUGGAACUCACUGGAAUUGCCAAAGGUGUUCCUACGUUGUCGGUGCACCAGGUGGAUGAAGGUCUUGGAUGUUUUGAAGUUGAAGGAGUGGUGUCGGUGUUGGGCAAGACGAAGGCGAAGCCUCACGCGGUGUACACUCCUGCGGACGAUGUGAGGGUAGCAGCCCACAAGUGCAUCCUGUACUGGCGGGGUUGUGGUGCUGCUACCCUCGCAUCCCCCUACCAGGCCUUCGUGGACUCCAUGGAGGCAAAAGCUGUGGCGGCACGUGGAUCGGCGCCGCCACCGCCAGCUAAGGUGAUGCAGGUCAAAGCCAAGUGGUUUCAAAGGAUUGCAGACGAGUUUGGCAAAGGCUCUCAUCAAGACUGUUUCGACAUGUUCAGCAAACCCAAGGGUAGCUUUGUGAACAAAGACUUGGCGUCAGGGAAAUGCAUUCUAGUGCCCUUCACCGACAAGCUCUAUUUGGAUAUCGAUGGCAAGGGACAACCGCCAGGGUCCAUAGCGUUGUGCGACGAGAAGAUUGAGGGGAACGCUGUCGGAGGCACCCACUAUGGUGUGGUCCUAUGCAAGAAAUCAUCAAGACCACGCCUGGCGGACCUGAUGCGCCAGUUCCAGGAACAGCUCAUCAACAGUGGUCUGAUCACGGUGAAUCGCCCAUUGAAACCUCUUGUGCACUACCACCUGUUGACCAGCGUGAACUUCGAUGACCCUGAGACAUGGAGCCAUGGGAAAGGUGAAUGGGAGAUGGAUACGUAG